AUGGUCGGCACCAGCGGCAUCGACCAUGCACUUCGUGCUGGUCCACAGGAUCGGGCACGGGAGCUGGUGCUGGUACAAAUUCCGGACCAUGCUGGAGUCCUCGGGACACGGGGUGUCGUGCGUCGGCCUCGUCAACGCUGGCGUAGACCGGACCGACGCCAACGCGCUAUAGUCGUUCGGGGAGUACAACAAGCCGCUGCUCGACCUGAUGGCGUGGUUGCCGGAAAACGAGCAGGUGACGAUAGAUACCAUCAUUAUUGUAUUGUUCUUACUUAUUUGAAUUAG